AUGACCACCGUUGCACCCCUCAGUCGAAAACGCUCACGCAUCGCCCUCGACCCAGACGACGACCUCGAUCAUGGCCACCAACCCGCCCACGCCCACAUCCCAACGCCCAUCCCACAAGCUCACGAGCGCGCCUCCGCCUCCGCCCUCUCCCCACCACCCACCGAUACCCUCAAACGGACACGCACCCAAUGCGACCUAGACGAGCUCUGCAUCGCCACGCCCAAAGAGGCCUGGCCGUUUGACACGGACGCCCUGCUCUCGAGCACGCGCCUCGCCAUGCCGCCAAACAGCUCGCUACCCGCACACGACAACUGGGCGCGCUAUAGAAAAGGAGAGUCCAUGUUGAUUCUCUGUGUACAAGGGAAUUUACAACUCCAUUAUGAAUUACUCUGCACAGCCUUGCCAUUCCUCUACACCCUCUCCCCAACCCUCCAACCCCUCCUCCUCUGCCACGACCCCUCGACCCACCGCAUCUCCCCGCGCGCCCCCUUUUCCCUGCCCCUCCUCCAAGCCGCCACACCCACCUGCAACCACUUUGUGCGCCUGGGUCUCAUGCACCCGCUAGGCGGCGGCACCUUCCCGCUCGACGCGCUGGUCGUGAUUGACCGGCAGGGGCGGCGCAGGCUGAUUUUGCCGUUUGGGUGGGGGGCAGGGAGACAUGCGGAUACGCCUGCGGGGCGGAGUGUGCAGCGGCGGCUGAUGGGGUUGUUGGGGGAUUGUGUGGGGGUUUUGGAGCGCGAGGGGCGGGAGGGGUGA